AUGCCGCGCUCCUUCCUGGUGGACUCGCUGGUGCUGCGGGAGGCGAGCGAGAAGAAAAGCGAGAGCAGCCCGCCGCCGCCCCUCUUCCCCUACGCCGUGCACCCCUCGCACCCGCUGCACGGGCUGCCCCCCGGCGCCUGCCACUCGCGCAAGGCCGGGCUGCUGUGCGUGUGCCCGCUGUGCGUCACCGCCUCGCAGCUGCACCCGCCGCCUCCGGCCCUGCCGCUGCUCAAGGCCUCCUUCCCCCAGUUCGGCUCGCAGUACUGCCACGCGCCCCUGGCCAGGCAGCACUCAGCCUCCUCCGCGGUCAGCGUCAGCCACGCGCCCGCCAUUUACCAGACCGCCUACCCUCUGCCCGACCCCCGGCAGUUCCACUGCAUCUCCGUCGACAGCACCUCCAGCCAGCUGCCCAGCAGCAAGCGAAUGCGCACCGCCUUCACUAGCACGCAGCUCCUGGAACUGGAGAGGGAGUUCGCCUCCAACAUGUACCUCUCCCGGCUCCGGCGCAUCGAGAUAGCCACAUACCUGAACCUCUCCGAGAAACAGGUGAAGAUCUGGUUUCAGAACCGCCGGGUCAAGCACAAGAAAGAAGGCAAAAGCAGCUCCCACCGAGGAGGGGGCUCUGCCCACAGCUGCAAAUGCUCCUCUCUGGCCACAAAGUGCUCGGAGGACGACGAGGACUUGCCCAUGUCUCCAUCCUCCUCAGGGAAAGACGAUAGAGAUCUCACGGUCACUCCCUAGCCUCACAGCCCCCAGAGACCAACUCGAGAGCAGAAGGGGAUCUUGCCCCGUCCUAUGCCAAAACGCUGUGGA